AUGGCGAUCAAGCCCAUCAUUGCCCUCCUCUCCCUGCUGCCGGGAGAGGCCCUGACUGAGACCGUCCUGGGGGCCUACAUAUUCCAUCGCCACGGGGACAGGACGUCAAAGUCAUGGCCGCCGACUUCUCUGACAGCUCUGGGUGCGGACCAGGUCUACGUCUCCGGCCAAUGGUACCGUAAUCGCUACAUUGCGAGCAACAGCACACACACCAUCUUGAACAUUGCCUCAGACAUCGCGUUACUAUCACAGAUGUCCAUAACUGCUCCAGUGGACAACGUGCUUCAGUCAUCGGCCGAGGUCUUCACCCAGGCCAUCUAUCCCCCGGCCGGCACAGCUGCAACCCAGACUCUCGCCAAUGGAGAGGAGGUGCAGGCUCCUCUAAACGGAUAUCAGUACAUUCCCGUCAAUAUUGUCAGCUCUGCUGCUAGCAGCUCCGGCGCUGAGGAUAACCCGUGGCUCCAGGGUAGCUCGGGAUGUGCAAAGGCUGUCGUCAGCAGCAACGACUAUUUCCAGAGUUCGGAGUACCUCGAGCUCCUGAACAGCACCCGUCAAUUCUACCAGGAUUUGCUUCCCGUGUACAACACAACAUUUGACUCUUCCGAGGCAACUUUCAAGAACGCCUACGCAAUUUUUGACUAUGUCCACGUCUCGCAAAUCCACAACGCGAGCAUUCCCUCCGAUGGUCUGCUCACGAACGACACCGUGGUCCAGCUGCAGACUCUGGCUAAUGCUCACGAGUUGGGCCUUGCUUUCAACCAAUCCGAGCCUGUCCGGGCUAUUGCCGGCUCAGUCCUCGCCGCUCAAAUUAUAGACGCCCUCAACGACACAAUAGAGUCCUCUCUGAAGAAGAAGUCAGCAGAGCGCUUUAACGUGCAGUUCGGCGCUUACGCAACGUUCAUGUCCUUCUUCGGGCUGUCAAAUCUCACCUCUGUGAAUGAAGAUUUCAAAGGGAUCGUCGACUACGCCAGCUCCAUGACGUUCGAGUUGGUCACAAAUGCCACCGUCAAUGGAACCGACGCCCCUACCACUGUGAGCCCGGAUGACGUCUCCGUGCGCUUCCUCUUUUCGAAUGGAUCUGCUUCGGACUCGGCCCCAGCCCAGGAGUACCCGCUUUUCGGGCAAACCGAGACGACAAUUCCUUGGAGUGACUUUGUCACGAACAUGCAGAAGUUCUCCAUCGGAGACACUCCAUCUUGGUGCACAGCCUGUGGAAACAGCACUGGGGUCUGUGCUUCAUCGUCAUCAUCUUCUGGAUCUGGCUCCGCUUCGGCAUCUGGAUCGUCUUCCGGCUCAGGUUCCGGUCUCAGUGCAGGUGCCGCAGCCGCUGUUGGAGUUUGCUCAUUGCUCGGGCUCGUCCUGCUCCUGAUACUGGGAGCAGCACUCGCAGGUUUCAGAGUCGUGAAGAAGGGCAAGCGAGCUGUGCAAGAGCCCACUGCAUCAGCGGCCGAGGCCGGCACGAAAGCUUAG